ACUAGUUAUUACGUUGACCUGGUGAGGCAUUGGUAGCACAGAAACACAACCACAGAAAGAAGAACAAUGCGCGCAUUUCCAUCGUCACACUCUUCUUCUUUCCUUUUCCCUCAACCACCUUCCUCUUCUUCUUCCUCUUCAACAACACCACCACCACCACACUCGCUCUCAUUCUUUCUGUCUUUUCCCUUCCAUUUCAACAAUCUCUCCACUCCCAAACCACGCUCCCUCAACAACCACCCUCACUUCUUCUCAUGCUCCGCUUCCAAAUUCUCUUUGGAUGUCGAUCAUGAAGACGAAGAUGGAGAUAAUGAUGUUGCUUCUUCUUCUGGUGAUUUAUUUCUGACAGACGAUUAUGAUGAUGAUGAUGAUGAUGAUGAUGGUGAAGAUGAUGAUGAUGGGGAAGUAUCAGAAGAGUAUUUGGCAGAGGAUGGUGUGUACAUAGAGGUGGUGAAGCUUGGCAAGAACUCACGAAGAAUCGAAUCCAGAAUCUCCGUCAAUGCUUCGCUUGAUGCCGUUUGGAGCAUCUUGACGGAUUAUGAGAGGUUGGCUGAUUUCAUUCCUGGCCUUGCCGUUAGCCAAUUGCUCGAAAAGGGUGAAAAUUAUGCUCGUCUCUUGCAGAUUGGACAGCAGAACUUGGCAUUUGGAAUUAAGUUUAAUGCUAAAGUAGUUGUAGAUUGUUAUGAGAAAGAGCUGGAGACUCUUGUGUCUGGUAUUAAGCGUGACAUUGAAUUCAAGAUUAUAGAAGGAGAUUUUCAAGUCUUUGAAGGAAAAUGGUCUAUUUUGCAGCAGUUCAACAAUGGAAGUUGUGAAGAUUCUCAAGUCCAAGUUAACACGAAACUCUCAUAUAUCGUUGAUAUUAGGCCGAAGCUAUGGUUGCCCGUGCAUCUCAUAGAGGGUAGACUUUGCAAUGAGAUAAAGAGGAAUCUUGUAGCAGUUAGGGACGAAUCUCAUAAAGCUAUUGACAGUACUAUACAUGCAUGUUAAUUCGAAUUAAGUGCUGUAACUUACAUGAAUCAUAUAAAGAAAAAAAUGAGACAGCAAUAGUUUAUUCAUUAAUUCUCUUCUCA